AUGACUACUAUCGACUCAAUCGCUGCCAAGUACAAAACUGAGCGAGACAAGAGAUUCAUCGCUAUCUCUGACAACCAUGGAGACCGCCUCACCUUCAGAACCAGUUCUUUGAUGAACGAUUUUAGUCAUGACCCUUGGGUCGACUACGAUGCCCUUGCCAAGGAAAGUCCGCGUUUGACUGAUGGCUCCGAGGUCCGUUUCCUAGUCCUCGGUGCCGGCCAUAACGGCAUACUUUUUGCCUACCAGUUGGUCGCGGCUGGAGUCAAUCCGGCCGACAUUGUCAUUGUAGACGAGGCUGGCGGCUUUGGUGGCACCUGGUACUGGAAUCGUUAUCCUGGCCUGACCUGCGAUGUUGAGGGCUACUGCUACUUGCCACUCCUUGAGGAGACAGGAUUCAUUCCGAAGCAUCGCUACUCCAAGGGUCAAGAGAUCCGUCAGAACGUUGAGCUGAUUGCGGAAAAGUAUGGAAUCAAGGGUAUGUUCUGCACCAAGGCAAAGGGCGCCAAAUGGGACGACGUCCAGAAGCGAUGGGUUGUCACAAUGAGCCGUAACCUGAGCCAAAGAUAUCAGCAUCUCAAUGGCGAUUUUGUCGUCCAGACACAGUUUCUCAUGCCCGCUGGCGGCCUCUUCUACUCGCCCAGCGCACCUGAUGCUCCUGGUCUCGGCGUAUUCCUGAAAACCCGGGAAAUUUUCCACACGGCUCGUUGGAACUACGAAUAUACUGGCGGUUCUCAGAUCCAACCUGACUUGGUCAACCUCAGUAACAAGAGAGUGGGUAUCAUUGGCACCGGCGCAACGGCUGUUCAGGCUGUUCCCGAGCUGGCCAAAUGGUCGAAGCAACUCUAUGUGUUUCAGCGCACGCCCUCAUACUGCGGACCAAGAAAGCAAGUCGAGACAACCCCGGAGAGCUGGGACAUUGUAGCUGGCCGGCCAGGCUGGCAGGCUGAUCGCAUGAGAAACUUGAACAAGUUUCUCAACGACCACCCAGAGGUAACUCCUGCCGAUGACCUCCUUAAAGACGGAUGGAGUAAUGCACGCACGUUCUCUGGACUCAUUGGAAGCCCCCGGGCGAAAGAUAUCACCCCCGAAAGCGUUCCUCAGCAUCUCCAGCGGAUGUUGGAACUCGACGCGGGAAUUUCAACUGAGCUCCGCAAGCACGUCGAGCGCGAGGUGGACGACCCGGAACUAGCUGAAAAGCUGAAGGCCUGGUACCCUGGCUGGUGCAAGCGUCCGACAUUCCACCAAGACUACCUCAAGUCUUUCAACCGCCCCAAUGUCACGCUCGUUGAUACCGAUGGUCAGGGAAUCUCAGGCUAUACUGACAAAGGUAUCUUGGUCGGCAAGGGCGACCUGACCAAGGAGUAUGAGGUCGACGUUCUCGUACUUGCGACAGGUUUUGCAACGACGACUGCCGUCAAUGGAGACCCAGCACAAGUCCUUAACAUGCCAAUCCGGGGCCGCAACGGCCGCGAUCUGACGGAGAAAUGGCAAAGCGACGAUUUCGCCACCUUUAUGGGCGUGGCUACUCACGACUUUCCCAACCUACUCUUCUUUACCGCCAAGGGUGCCACUUCCUCAGCAAACACAACCUACCCCUACACAGUCGGAGGCAGAUUAGUCGCUCACAUUGCCAAGACUGCCUGCGAUCAUGCUUCUGAUAUCAACAGGGUUGAAGUUGAGGUAAGCAAGGAGGCGGAGCAAAGUUACACGGAGAGCUUGAAGCCUUACGCUCCGUGGUAUGCCCCUGUGGCAUCCUGCACCCCGACAUACUUUACAGAUUACAAGGAUCCCAAGAAAGAGCAGAAGACAAAGGAGCCAUCUGUAGGCUUUAGUAUGGGGGCUGUGGCUUUCGAACAACUUGUGGACAAGUGGGCGGAUGGCAGCUUGGAAGGGUUUGUGGUGCAAGGCUGA